AGGUGCUCUGUUUCCCCAGGAAAGCCACCGGGCCUGUCGACACUAGAUCGUUAGAGCUCUAUCUACAAAAGCCACAUGCUGCCCAUUCACGUCUUGGAUCACGAGUCUUUGUUUUAUACUUGUUUCGUACGGCAAAUCCGUGCAAUCAAGUGGCGUUGAACCAUCAUUCCUGUCGCGCAAAAUCCAGUCCAGUAAAGAGAUACACGACAAUCUCUCUCAAAUAUCCAACUUCAUCAUGGCCACCUUUGCCGACAAAGACCAGCCUUUCGGCGCCGCGGACUCUUUCAAGCCCGGAGACAAUGUUGACUUGGAACGCCGAGGUUCAACCACAACCGUCCAAGGUCGCAAGAUGAGUAGGAUUGGACCUCCUCCAAGGAACAGCUCCAUCGUGCCGGUCACAGAGGAGAACGGCGUCAAAGACGAGUACGGCAAGCUCGUGGAGAUGGAGGCCAACGACGCGAUCAAGUACCGAACUUGUUCAUGGCAAAAGACUGCUGCUCUACUCUUCUCAGAGUAUAUCUGCUUGGCGAUCAUGUCUUUCCCAUACUCAUACUCGAUCCUCGGUCUUGUCCCGGGUCUGAUUUUGACGGUCGUGCAAGCCGCGUUCGUUCUCUACACUUCGCUCGUUGUUUGGGAAUUCUGUCUUCGUCACCCCGAAACCCGAGAUGUUUGUGAUAUCGGGCAGAUGCUCUUCUGGGGCUCCAAAUGGGCCUGGUACUUCACGGCGGUCAUGUUCCUGCUGAACAACACCUUCAUUCAGGGGUUGCACGUUUUGACCAUUUCGCGAUACUUGAACACCAUGAGCGGCCACAGCAUCUGCACGGUCGGUUUUGCCGCCAUCGGUGCCGUCGUGUCCUGGCUUUGCUCGAUGCCGCGGACGUUUAGCGCACUGUCCAAACUCGGUGCCGCGUCGGCAUUCUUCACCUUCAUCAGUGUCAUUCUUGCCGCGGCCUUUGCUGGCGCAGAGGGCAAACAUGGCACCGCCGGUUACAACCCAGACCCCAACCACAUCAACGCGAGCGGACAGAAGAUCGGUGGUGAGCCUUUGGUCCUCGCGGUGCCUCUCGCCGGCACCACCUUUGUGUCUGGAAUGAACGCCUUCUUGAACAUCAGUUACACUUUCAUCGGCCAAAUCACCCUGCCUAGCUUUAUCGCGGAGAUGAAGAACCCCUACGAUUUCCGAAAGGCCAUCUGGGUCGUCACCAUCUGCGAGGUCAUCGUCUUCAGCUUGGUCGGUGGUAUUGUGUACGGCUAUACCGGCACCCAAUACAACACUGCUCCGGCCUUUUACUCCCUCGGAAACGACAUCUACAAAAAAGUCAGCUUCUCCUUCAUGAUUCCGACCUUGGUCUUCCUUGGUGUUCUCUACGCCUCGGUCUCGGCCCGAUUUGUCUUUUUCCGCUUGUUCGAAGGCACUCGUCACAAGUCCUCGCAUACUCUUGUGGGCUGGGCCUCUUGGGCCGGCAUCCUCGCCCUCACGUGGAUUCUCGCCUUCAUCAUCGCCGAAGUCAUUCCCUUCUUCGCCGACCUUUUGUCCCUGAUGAGCAGUCUGUUCGACAGCUUCUUCGGUUGGAUUUUCUGGGGCGUCGCGUACAUCCGUAUGCGCUACGCCGACCUCGGGCCUGGUUUCUACAGGAAGCGAGGUAUCCGUGGAUGGGUUGGUUUCUUGAUGAACGUCUUCAUCAUCAUUGUGGGAUUUUAUUUCCUCGGUGCUGGAACCUAUACCUCUGUUGAGAGCAUCAUCCUCGAUUACGAGGCAGGAAAUGUCAAAGGUGUCUUUACAUGCGCCAACAACGGUUGAGAUGGCAGUAUGCACCCGGCAAAUUACGCACCCAUCACCCAGACCGCAUCCCCGGCUUUUCGAUGUUGAUCCUUUGGUUCUGGAUGGAAUCUUGGAGGACAAAUGGUACGGAGUUAAAUCAAUCGAACGAAUCUGGAUGCUGCAGAGGUUUCGGGGAAUGAUCCGAUUUAAUGGUGCACGUACGGGAGUUGUCGAAGCAAGAAUAUUCCGUGGAAAACGUAUACGACAUGAAAAAAAGGAUGGCUGGGCCUGAGUAACAAGAAAUAUAGAAAUUUGAAUUUGAAUGUCAGCUUUUGGGAGACACGAUAUGUCUCUCACCGACAUUUUAAACUUGUG